AUGUCGAAUACCACUUUAUCAUACGAGGCCCGAGCUGCCAAGCACCCAAGUGCCGUUGCUAGCAAGCUUCUUAAACUCAUGGCUGAAAAGAAAACCAAUCUGUGUGCUUCUUUGGAUGUGCGAACUACCAAGGAAUUCCUUGAUCUGUUAGAAAAAGUCGGUCCUUAUAUCGCAGUAGUCAAGUCGCAUAUUGAUAUUAUCGACGAUUUCACAUAUGAGGGAACUAUUGUCCCUCUGCUUGCAUUGGCUAAGAAACACAACUUCCUCAUCUUCGAAGAUCGCAAAUUCGCUGAUAUCGGCUCGACUGUCAAGGCCCAAUACAGCGGAGGCGUAUACAAGAUUGCCAAAUGGUCUGAUAUCACCAAUGCCCACUCUGUUCCAGGAGCCGGAAUCGUCAACGGUCUUGAAGAAGCUGCCAAGGAGACCACCUCUGAGGAGCGUGGUCUGCUGAUGCUGGCCGAACUGUCUACCAAGGGUUCUUUAGCCACGGGCGAAUAUACUGCCAAGACUGUUGAAAUUGCCAGACAAAACAGCCAGUUUGUUUUCGGUUUCAUUGCUCAAAGCCGCAUGCCUGAACAAGGUGACGAGGAUUGGUUGAUUCUGACUCCCGGUGUCGGUUUAGAUGAUAAAGGUGAUGGUCUGGGCCAGCAGUACCGUACUGUCGACCAGGUCGUGUCCACCGGUACCGAUGUCAUCAUCGUCGGAAGAGGUCUCUUUGGUAAAGGCCGCGACCCUGUCGCCGAGUCCAAGAGAUACCGUGACGCCGGCUGGGCUGCUUACGAAAAGCGUCUCGCCUAA